AUGGCACAGCUGAAGCAGCUUCUGGACAAAGAACAGUUCAUUUGCCUGGACUUGCUCAGAGAUCCUGUGGCUAUUCCAUGUGGACACAGCUACUGCAUGGGCUGCAUUAAUCUCUACUGGAAAAACAAUGACCCACAUGCCACCUUCUGCUGCCCACAGUGCAGACAGAGCUUCAGCCUCAACAUGCCUAUCCUCAAGCCUAUCCUCAACAUGAACACCAUCCUGGCUGAUGUGGUGGAGAAGAUGAAGGUUCUGGUGCAGCCGGCUGUGAGUUGGUCAGCUGCCCACAAGGUGGCAAGUGAAGUGGAGUGUGAUUUCUGCACAGAGACCAGAGAAAAAGCCGUAAAGUCCUGCUUGGUCUGCUUGGCGUCGUACUGUAAGAUUCACCUCCAGCCACACUAUCAGUCUCUGGCUCUGAAAAAACACAAGCUGGUCGAAGUCUCUGGGCAUCUUCAGGAGAAAAUCUGCCCUCAGCACAGCAAACUGUUGGAGAUAUACUGUCAGACAGACCAGCAGUGCAUCUGUCUGCUGUGUGUGAUAGAUGGACACAAGGGUCACGAAACGGUUUUGGCUGCAUCAGAGAGUGCAAGACAACAGGAGCAGCUGGGGCUGGUCAGACGGAAGUUCAAGGGGAAAAUCCACACCAAGGAAAAGGAACUGCUGGAACUGAGACAGGCAGUGGAUACUCUCAAAAUCUCAGUAAACUCGACAAUGGAGAACAGUGAUCAGAUCUUUGAUGAAUUUGUUCAGGCUGUUAAGAAACGAAGCCAGGAAGUGAGAGGCCUGAUCCAAGAUCAGGAGAAGAUGGCUGUGAGCCUGUUAGAGAAACUGGAGCAGGAAAUCACUGAACUCAAAGAGCAGGACAACAAGCUGGAGCAUCUCCUGCACACUGAUGACCAUGUCCAUGUUCUUCAGACCCACCGGUUGAUCUCUGCCCCUUUCGGAUCUACAGAUGUGCUCAGCAUCUCCAUUGCUUCAUUGUCUGAUCUUGGGAACGUGACUAAUGCCGUUGCUGCCCUUAGGACAAGGUUGGAAGGGGUUUUUAAAGUGGAGUGGCCCAAGAUUGUCAGAUCAGCCAGCACAGUGAAAAUCCUCCAGAGCCCACUUCCCAAAAUCAGAGCGGAGUUCCUUUACUACUCCAGCCAACUCGCGCUAGACCCUCAUUCAGCUCACAGGGAGCUGAACGUGUCUCCUGACCGCAGGACGGUGUCGGUGCGGGCGCGGGAACACUCCUGGCCGGACCAGCCCGAGCGCUUUGACUACUGGUGUCAGGUGUUGGGCUCUGAAGGGCUGCUGGGCUGCUGUUACUGGGAAGCAGAGUGGAGCGGGAUGGGCAUCACCAUAGCCAUGGCAUACAAGGACCUGGCCAGGAAGGGGGAUGGCAAUGACUCUCACUUUGGACGCAACAUCAUAUCCUGGAGUUUGUUCUGUUCCAGGAAGGGUUACGCCUUCUGGCACAAUAAUGCAGUAACCAGGAUCCCCGGGCCGAGCUCCUCCAGAAUAGGGGUGUAUCUGGACCAUAGUGGAGGUACUUUAGCCUUCUACAGUGUGUCUGAAUCCAUGAAGCUCCUCCACAAAGUUCAUACAGCAUUCACUCAGCCUCUGUAUCCUGGACUUGAGUUUACAUGUUAUGGAGUGUCUGUAACAUUAAGUCAAAUGGAAUAGGGGUAUAAGCAAUGUUCAAUUGUUACAUUUUAAUCACAUCUACUUUUUAAGUAAGUACUUACUGUACCUUAUACUUUCACAUUAUUAGAAACACCUGCCAUAUUUACUGUUUCCAUUUACCAGCUCCUGAAAAAAUUAAAAGAUCACUUCAAAAUGACCAGUUUCUCAGACUUUUGAGUAAAAUUGUUGUUUUAUUGUAUAAACUACUGACUACAUGUCGCCCAAAUUCCAAAUAAAAAUUAUUGUGAUUUAAAGCGUUUAUCUGCAGAAAAUGUGAACAUUUGAAAAUGUGUCAUAACAAAAAAGGAUGCACUGCUUUCAUAUUCUUUAAGAAACAACAAUACAACAAUUAGAGUUUAGAAACUAAUAUUUGGUAGAAUAAUCCUGAUUUUUAAUCACCAAUCUUUCACACUGCUUUUGGGUGACCUUAUGUCAC